AUGAAACUAGGAGAAUACUCUGACAUAGAAUCAUGUUUAUUAAAAUGGUUUCAACAAUGUCUUGACAGAAAAAUUCCAAUUAAUGGACUUAUUCUACGAGAAAAAGCUGAAGAGUUUGGACAUAAGUUAGGGCAUGAACAUUUUAAAGCUAGCAGUGGAUGGUUAACAAAUUGGAAAAUCAGAAAUAGCGUUGUAUUUAAACAAGUUUGUGGUGAUAAUGGCGCUGUAGAUCUACAAAAAUGUUCCGUAUGGAUAAAUAAUUUACCGAAACUCAUCGAAAAUUAUUCACCAGACGAUAUUUUUAAUGUAGAUGAAACAGGAUUAUUUUUCAAAUGUUUACCUGACAAAACAUUCAUAUUUAAAGGCCAAUCUUGUUCAGGUGGAAAACAUAGUAAAGAAAGAGUAACACUUCUGUUAGGGGCAAAUAUAUCGGGCACAGAAAAAUUAAGACCACUGCUGAUUGUUCCAGAAGGUCGGUCAAAACUCUUUGGUUCUUUCCCUUCGGGAGUAUGUGUAUGUGUUAGUAUGCGUAUGUACGUUAAGAUAUACACAAGAAAACUAGAGUUAAGAAAAAAGUUAGAUUACUAG